AAAUUAUGUAAACAUGACAUAAGAGUUUGUUUGGAUUUUUUCGAUAAUAGAAGCUGUUUUUUCUGGAUGGCUGUAAUCAAGUCUGCCGAUGCCAUUCGUACGAUGCUGGGUUCUACCAACCUAAAUGUAAAUAUCCUGGGUAAAGUCAUAUCCCACUCGAGAACACAACGAUGUAUAUGUUUAUAUGCAAUGCUGAAGCGUUCCCACUAUGAUGCUCUUGGCAUCGCUCCAGGAGCCACGCAGACUGACAUCAAACAAGCAUACUACAAGCUGUCGAAACUUUAUCACCCGGACCGAAACAAGGGCAGCGACACAGCGGCUGAAAAGUUCCACGCCAUCUCCGAAGCUUACGAAGUUCUUGGCAAUUAUCGACUGAGAAAAUUGUACGAUAAAGGAAUACUACAUACAGCUGGAAGGCACUACGCUCAACAUCCCCCAGUUUCUAAGGAACCAGAAGAGGACGACCCCCAAACGCGUUUCUACAAAAAACGCAUGACACGAACGCACGUUCCGUCUGCUUCGGGUGCUACUCCGAUAUAUAAUUUUGAUGAGUGGUCCCGUAACCACUAUGGGCAAAACUUCGCACGAAGACAAGCUGCUCAACAGAAGUAUAAAGCCAAGGAAGAACGAGACGCUAUUCUAGAUGCGCACGUAAUUCAAGCCUAUGUGGCGUACGGGGUUAUAGCGGUCGCGUUGGUGUACGUCUUGAUAUUCAUGCAAGAACGUUCGCAUGAUACACCGAAAGCAAUGGCAAAAACACCAGUGAAAGAUUAAAUCCUGUUCUAUUGUUGAUCGCGAGAGAAAUUAAUGUGUAUAUAGACGGUGCUGUUAAGAAAACCGUGUGAAUAGGCAAAUUUUUAAUUUAUAUUAGAAAAUGUGAAUCUGUUUUAAAUUUAAUACACCAUCAAUCAGCAGUUCACUGGAUGAGCUUUCAGCCGAAAA